AUGGCAUCUCUCACAGGCGGGGCAUACCCCCCCACUGUCAAGUCUGAAGAAAAGGAUGCCCUCAUCGAGACUGUCAAGGACUGGUCGAUAGGCAAUGGUCUUGCAGUUCGACCUCCGCCAACCGUUAUAGCCGCUGAAGCAGAUCCCAAGGGUAUUGCUGCUACCAACGUGCCCGUCACUCUCUUCCCCAGCCCGUUUCCCAAGCGAUGUUUCGCUCAAGGCAAGGCGGUUCAAAAGACUUACAAUGAGUUGUAUGCUUCAGUGAGCAGGGAUGAAGAGUUUCUGGCCCAAGUGGUGAAAGAGGUUGCAGAUGGUGAUGACUUUAUCCGUAACUUAUGGGAUGUCCAUACUAAGCCUCUAUCUCUGGGGUUGUUCCGAUCGGAUUACAUGGUCCAUCAGGACACUCACACUUCUCCCCCUUCUUUGCAAGUUAAGCAAGUCGAAUUCAACACCAUUGCUUCAUCUUUUGGUGGUCUCUCAACUUACACUUCCGCUCUUCAUAAGUACCUUGCUACUACAGAGUACCCUAUCUUGGAAAAUUCGAUCCCUCAAGGGUCGCUGGAUUUACCAGAAAACACCAGCACUCGCGGCUUGGCAGCAGGCAUUGAAGCAGCUUACAACAUCUAUCCCACAUCUGAGCUCGGUCACCAAAAGUGUGUCAUCUUCCUUGUUCAGGAUGGAGAGAGGAACAUUUUCGAUCAGCGUCAUCUAGAGUAUCAAAUUAUCAACUCUUCACCAUCUAUCCCCGUCUUCAGACUGCCACACUCCCAGAUCCUGAAGCACACAAAGAUUGCAGACACCUCGAAGCGACAGCUUCUGUAUCAUCUUCCAAGAAACCCCGCCAAGGUGUAUGAGGUUGCCGUCAUUUACAUGCGAUCUGGAUAUGGACCUUCUGACUACCCGGACCAGCAAGCCUGGGAAGCUCGUUACCACUUGGAAAGAUCAAAUGCCAUCAAGUGUCCCACGGUUUUGACUCAAUUGGCUGGAACAAAGAAAGUUCAGCAAAUCUUGGCGACACCGCGUCCAUCAACAUCGCCUUCGGCCCUUAGCAGAUUUAUCCGCGACGAUACCAGUGAAGCAGCUGAGCUCUGGCGCACAUUCACCAAUAUCUUCCCCAUGGACACAAGCGAUGCUGGUCUUGAGGCAAGAAAGAAGGCCCUCGAUCCGGAAGCUUGUCAAGACUACGUGUUAAAGCCUCAGCGAGAAGGUGGUGGAAACAACAUCUACCGAGGGGCUAUUCCCGACUUUCUAAAGUCUGUUCCUGAGUCUCAUUGGGGUUCUUAUAUCCUUAUGGAGCUCAUUACUCCUCCCCCUGUCAACAACAUCAUCCUCCGUAAUGGUAGCCUCGAACAAGGCGGUGUCAUCUGUGAGCUAGGAAUUUAUGGUACUUGUGUCUGGGACCAGAGUACAGGAAAGGUUCAUCACAACGAAGAGGCCGGAUAUCUGUUACGUACAAAGGGCGAUAAGAGUGAAGAGGGUGGUGUUGCUGCUGGCUUUGGAUGUAUGGAUAGCUGUACUCUAGUAUAG